AUGGGAGUAAAAGGCCUUUGGCAGCUUUUACAGAGUGUUGGGCGACCUGUUACUCUGGAAUCUCUCGAGAACAAAAUUCUUGGAGUGGGUAUCCUUUAAUGCAGAUAUAUUUUUUGAUGACUUAAGCUUCAUUUACAUUUUCCCUGUAUGUAUUAACUGAAACAUCUUUAAGGCGAGGGAAAACCCCAAACACCACGGAGGGAAAAUCCCAUUUACUAGCUUAGUCUGCUGCUGUAGCCACUGUGUAGUGUAAGCUUAUAACAAAUUAUCAGAUCGAGUCACAGAUUCUCAGAUUGGCAAAAUAAAGAAAGUGGUAGUCGUAAUUCUGCCCAGAUUUAUUAAGUUUAAGAGUACUGGCUUAAUUUUGUUAUUUACCCCGAGGUUCUAAGUGUAAUACAAUGGUAUUAAAACCCAGCAAAUUCGAUGUUACAAUGGUGUUGUACUGGCACAGACCUAAUCAAACAACAGAAAAAUAACAAUCAAGUAAUUUGUCCUUUUUGAAGUAAUGAGUUCUUUUGUGUUAGCUUACCUCACAGAUGGAAUCUAACCCCUUCAAGUAACAGACUAAAGCAGAGGCCUGUUUAGUUUAAUCCCUGGCAAAGGUUAGUUUGUGCUGGUACAUAAAAAAAACCAGCAUUGUCACUAAGAUUUCAAGUUGCCUAAUAAAUAUAUCAAGCAGGCAAGGAAUCAAACAGCNAAAUUCCGGCGGAUUGAGACUACAAUUUUCGCCAUUCACAUAGCUAGUCCUAGCCAUUUGGGGGGAACUCGCUAAGACUCGAACCAUUGGUGAGACAUCACACCAAUAUCCCAUGAAUACCCGGCUGAAUCCCGUCCAUUUCAGAGAAACUGGAGCUAUGUCAGCACCAUUUUUGAUGCACAUCUUUUGGGGCCAUAUUCCCUUUAUAUAUAUAUAUACAUAUAUACAUAUAUACAUAUAUACAUAUAUACAUAUAUACAUAUAUACAUAUAUACAUAUAUACAUAUAUAUAUAUAAUUAUAUUUUUUCUGCUAUUUUUCAAUCAAAGUAGCCAGGAGCCACAUUCAUAGUGGCUGGAGAAAAUCCCCGGCCUUCAGCUCUUAAGGAAAGCCCUAACAACCAUUAUUAUUCUUUUUAAAUGUAAGGGGAUUUAAACAUGGGACUAGCCAGUGUUUCUAAGCUUUCCACAAAUAGCCACUCCCCGCCCCCUCAAAAAAGGAAAACACAUUAUAAUAAUAAUAAUACAAUAAUUAAGACUAAGAACGAUAGAUAAAAUUAACAAAAUAAAGAAUAAAAAAGGUCUUUUUUUGAGAAUUUUAUACUGUAUGAUCAUCACGUGGUAUGCUGUAAGCUUUGAGUGUCAUAAUUCUUAACAUGCGAUAGAUGCCAGUUUGAUACUGAAUCAGUCUGUAAAGGGAUUGCGUGACAAGCAUGGAAAUCCAGUAUACAAUGCACAUCUGGUUGGGUUAUUUCAUAGAGUCUGCAAGCUUUUAUAUUACGGAAUUAAACCAGUCUUCGUGUUCGAUGGUGGAGUGCCACAUCUCAAGAAAAAGACCCUGGUAAAUAUCAAUAUUAAAUGCAGUGCUAAUCACCUCUUUGUUUCUUGAUCAAAUUGUCAAAAAAGAGAAGGGGUUAACUACAGUGCUGUGUCAGUAAAGGAUUGAGACUCAAAUUUUUUGGUGUGAUUUUAUGAAGUAACCUAGCCGUAAGAAAUGAUUCAAAAGCAGUUUUUAGAUGCUCUAGACGCUCAUCAGAGCAAAUCAAAUGAUCUUGCAUUGGGUGUGGUUUAUAUAGUCGCCAGGCUGUUGAUGGUAACAUCACAAAGAGAAGGAAUAGUUGAAUGAAAUCAAGAGGUAAAUUUUUUGUUCCAAUUUUUACAAAAUCUUGAGCAGCUAUUUUCAAUGAGUCUUUUUAUUUUGUUGUUUUGUUUUUGUUUUUGUUUUUUUUCAAUGAGUCUUUCUAACUCAUCAGGUCUGCAAUAUUUCUACAUAUCCCUUUCCAAUAUAAUAUAUCCUGAAUUUAAGGCAGAGUUUUUUUUGACAAUGAUAUUUUGCUUCCCAGGCAGCAAGAAAGGAAAGGCAUUUGAAAGCUGUGCAUGGGUCUAACAAAGCUGCAGAAAGAAUUGUCAAGAACUACCUGAAAGCCAAAGCUCUGGAAACUGUCACCGGACGUAAAAGGUAUUCUAACCCUCUUUCGACCAGCUUAGACUUCUGCAGUGUUGUUUCAUUUUUUCAUGUGGAUAAUUUGCAACUGUUCCACAGUAUCUGCUUUGCCAUGCCACCUACUAUUAAACUUGCCUUGCAUACUUCCUUCAAAUAAUUUAUUGUCUGUUCAUUAUGUGUUUAUGUAUAAUUCCUUGCUAAAUUUUCUGCACUUGAUAGUUGUCACGUUAGGAAAGUUAUUUUAUAAUAAUAUAUCAUAAUUUAUCAUUUGCUUUUAUUUUAGCAAAACUACUAUAAGAAGUAGGAGUCCAAGAGAGCCGGAUGUGUUUGAACUACCAGCAGUACCCUCAACAACAACUGCUAGUGUACAGGAUAAAAGGUUAGGAAUUUUAAUAGGUACUUUUGAGAUCUCCUUACUUUAAUGCAUGGCCAAACAUGAGGCCGCUAUACUAACCUACACGACAAAAAUAUGUUUAAUGAAAUCUGGAAAUACUUGCCAACCAGUGAACUACCGGUAGUUACGGUGAAUACAUACUAGGCCCUGACUUUUCUGUCCUGCUGUUACUGGGCUAUCUGAGGGUGCUUUCAUCAUUUUCUGCACCUUUCUCUCAGUUUGUUUUUCCAGAAAUUUGCCAUACUCCCCCAUGGAUUGUUUGUUGGUUUAAACCACCAUCUGACUGCAGCCUCUGGAAAUUCCAGUUUGUCUUCAUACUUUCCUUUAAAAUUUUUGGUCUUUAAGACCCCCUCCCCCUCAAAAAUUCUGUUGACCCUCCACAGGGUGGGUAAAGGUGCUUUCUGGAAUCUCUCAAUUAGUAGAGUUCUUUGCAGCAUCCAGCAAAGUAAACCAAACAGAGAUUUCAUCACAAUUUGUUAGCCAAAAUCAUACAUGUACUACUAUCCUGACAGCUAUAGUAUUUUUUAGGAUUCUUACACUCUACACGUCUGUAAAUAUAUUACUGUUAGCACAGCUUGUUUUCUCAUGUGGUGGUUUUAUUAAAUACAGCUCUUCAGAAGAUGAGGAUUUGGAACUUCCGUUACUGGAUCAAUUCCGUAACCAACAGUUAGAGGUAAGAGUGAUCAAAGAAAAAGCACCAAAGUAUUUACCCAUUAUUCCUUUAUAGUAAAUGCUAUUUCUUCCCUGGGAUGUGUGAUGUUGUUGCAGCUGUGCUGUUAAAAUGCGUUGGGCAUGAUUUUUACGAAAAAAAUCUAAUAUUUUCGUAGUCAUCAAAGAGCAAAAAUGUAGUGUCAGGGAACAACCGGUACUACUAGAGUACAGCCCUUCUGUUCUACAAUAAUAAUGUUAAACUUUCCUUCAAAUUUAAGAUCAUUUUGUAAAAGUAUUUGUUACUCAGAAUAUCACAGCCAAACUCCCUUUAAGUUGUGAUUGGGCUACAGUUUGAAAUAUGAACACUUUUUUUUUUUUAACAGGAAACUUAUCAGGAUCCAACCUCUAUAAAUGUUGAGUCGGAGGACUUUCAGUCGCUGCCUGCAGAAAUUCAACACGAGUUGAUUCAAGAGAUGAAAGAAGAGAGAAAAUUCAUGAAAAAAACUGACAUGCCAGGGGUAUAAAGAUUAUAUUAUUAUGAUUUAAAAUCAUUGUUAUGUUCCCGGAAUUUCAUCCUUAACAACACAUACUUUUAUUAGCCAGUUCAUUGUCACAUAGCAUUUAGAAGUUGCAACUGAUACUGUUUCUAUCAAAAGUCUUUGAGUACUGCUAGUAGGCAACAUGCAAAAUCUUUGUCAUCAGUUACCUGGGCUGUCACUAAGAUUUCAACUUAGUUCCCAUUGAAUACAACAAGUAGGCAAGGUGUCUAACAGUUAGGAAUUUCUUUUGGUUCUGUUUUUCUUCACUUUCCCAAUGAAUGUAGUUCAAGAGGUCACAUUCACCGUAACUGGGAGAAAUCCAAACCCCAGCCCUUGAUGAUAGCCCAGAGUUGUCCAUGAAUAUUGACCCAUAGUUUAGUGUCCUAUUGGAUCCUCGGUUGUAGACUUUAAGUGUUAAAUUUUCUCCUGUUCAUAGUACCUUUUUUUACAGAUGUGGUUUUGGUAAGAAAUAAAUCAACAACAAAUCAUAUUGCUCCUAUUAUUAAGCAAAAACUACGACCUUUAUAAUAUUUUCAGAAAGGAUGAUGCUUUUACAAAAUACUGCAAUUGGCAGGAGUUAUAUUAAAUAUUAUUAUUCAGGCCUGUGCUUGUAUAAUAAUUUAAGGGAGCCCAGUGCUCUGAUCCUGUAAAAUCCAGGGUGCUCAACUAUGAUUUUUGUGAGAAAACCAAUAUUUUGCAGUUGCCCAGUAGCAAAAGUUAGAUGCCAGGCCGUGACCAGGUGCAGCGAGAGCACGGCCUUGUUUUUUCAAAUGCAAUUUUAAAAAUGCACUUUUUUUUUCAGCAAGCAGGCAACUUUUCCUCAUUUCAAUUGGAGGGGGUGCUAAAGCGAGGUAAACUAAAUCAGCGCCUGGAUGAACUUCGUAAAGAAAUGAAUAACAGAAACUCAGGAGAACUGGCUGGAGUUGCUCCUCAGGAUUCAGUUGACAAAAACGCUGCAGUUAAAUCACAAAAGAUUUUGUCUGAAGACUCGGCUCACUACAUUUUGAUCAAGAAUAAUGAACGGGAACCAGAAAAAGACAACCAAGAAGCUGGUAAGGGGAAGACCUUGUAUGCAAUUGAUUUUAAGGAUUGCAUGUUUUUUAACCUUGGAAAUUGGUUAUUUUUACAGCUUGUUCUCAGACACAUUCUGAAUUUUGUUUCUUCUCUCCUUAACUAUGGUCGUGUACUACUUAAAAGACAAAAUCUUAGAAGCUGAGGCUUGCAUAGAUUGUCAGCUUCUUCCCACUAUUAAUUUCCAGCUGUAUUAUUGUGAAGUUUACAUCAUAUGUAUAACUGAACAAGCUCUUAAUCAUUGUAUGGAGAUGAACGCAUCUUAGAAUGACGUCUGUGCACCAAAAUCUAUCUCCUUGUUGAAGCACAUUUUAAUAUUUUUCUGGCACUUCUAGCACAGUCUACCUGUACUUUCGAUCUAUUAUUUUGAAGAGAAAUAAACUAGACUCAUGCUCUGAAUGCAACACUCUUUGAUAUAACUGCUGUUCACGAUCUUCUGUCUCCUACCAAUGAUAAAAGGAAAAUUGACUCUGCAACUUCAGAAACUUUAUAUUAUGGGAAGUUAUGACACACUCAGAAUAUAAGGAACUAUUGAAAUUUUUUCUCAGGAUCCACAUCAAAAGAUUUCUCUGGCGAGGGAGGAUUUUUCCGUGAAAAUCAGGAAGUUGAAGUAGUUAGCUGGGCAAAUCCACGACCCAAACAGUCCGUGCCACCAACUGUUCCCAGUUUUGAUAUUCCAGAGUUCUUUUCAAGUGAUUCGGAAAUUCUGUCCCCUCUUGUGGAUGUCGCGGAAGCUGGUGAUUCGCCCACGAGUCUUCGAGCGAAGGAAAAUACGUUUAGUUUUUCUUCAGUUGAAGAUCAAAAGCAGCUCGGCAGAACGUCGAUAAAUGCGGCUGAUAAAGUGAGUGAUACAGUUGUGAAUCAAGAACAGACAGACAGAGAGCUUGCAGCAAGAGAUGUGAUAGAAAGGGGUAUUAAAAAGAAAAUUAUUAAAAUGCCUGGUCAAGUUACAGAAGGGAUCUCGACAUCAGGUAAUAACGACGAAACCCUUCUUACGCAGAUUAUAGACAAGAAAAAAGAACUUGAUGAUCUUAUACAAAAGUGGGAAAACUCUAAAAAGCAGAAAACCACUAUUGAUUUAACUGGCAGUGCACAGGACGGGCAUAAAAUUGCAGAGGAAAGAGACCUUCCCUGUUGCAGCUCAGAUAAGAUGGACGCCAACGCAUCCUUAGAUACAGACCAAGUUUGUGGUAAUAUUGAUUCGGAAGAAACAAAAAACAACAGGUCAUCUUCGGUUAUUGGAGAUCAGCCACUCGUGCAAGACAAACCUGUUACGUUGGAGACAGUUUGUAUUGAUGAAAGUGAUUCUGAGGUUGAGGAAGUUACGAAGUUAAUCAAAGAUAAAGAUGAAAAAGUUCAGAGUAGAAGGAGUGGGAAUAUUGCAGUGGUGAAUUUAAUAGACGUUAAUGAUGAAUUGCAAGCUGAAGAAAAGGAGAAGGAGGGAGAUGAAGGUGAGAAAUAAGUGUCUUGUAUUUGUUUACAAUGAUGCCAUAACAACGUGACUCUGUUUGCUUCAGUUUUCUGUUGUCGGCGUAAAUUUAAGAUUCAAACUUAAACCACGGGUAUCUGGGAUCUUAGAGAUUCAGAAGUGAUAACCACCUUAGCUUGAACAGCAUAACAAACAGUACCACAGGAAAGCACUGCUUUCAUUUCAAUGGUCACAGUUCCCGGCGGAAACUCGAACUUUAUAUCUCUUAUUUACAGCAUAACAAACGAUACUUUAGAGUUUAAUCCAGAGGCUCAAGCAGGUGGAGCAUAGCUAGAUUACGGAGUGAAGAGUGAUGUAAACUGAAAUGCAGUGCUGACUUUUUCUUCCAACUAAUUCUAAAGCGACCGUUGUUAACGAGGAAGAUGUGACGGAACCCGAUGAAGGGGAUAUGGAAAUCGAGGCUACAUCGAGUAGCAUUGUUAUGGAAACUGCGUCCCUAGAAAGAAGCACAGCUGAUAUAGACGAAGACCAUCCUUCGCCGGACGCCGCUGAAGGGUCAGUUUUGGAGAGUCACGAAUUCUUGGACGAAAGUAAAGGUGGUAUCUCUGUGGAUGAACAAGAGGCGGGACCUUCUGGGCUCCCUGUGGAGUGGCAAGGGGCUUCAAUGGUAAGUUAAUUCUUCCAUGGAUAAUAGAAUCCAUGAUUCUUCACUUUAGAAACGAGAAAGUUAACGUUCGCAAAGACUUCUGGAACUGUUGCUAGGGAGAAGGAAAAUUGGCCAAUAGCUGACCUAAGCGUCCCCAGUAACCAUCCCAGAAACAAUUGCGGGAUACAUCUUGGCUCCAGUUCCCCUCUCGUUUCAAGCUAUUUUCAGUCGUUUUAGUGUCAAUCACCUAUGUUUCAUUCUCUCUAGGAAGGCUUGGAAGAGAUUCAGCAGAACAUUGAAGCUGAGCAACAGACGUUGGCGACCGAACAAGCUCGACAGAACCGAGUGGCAGCAUCAGUGUCGAAUGAGAUGUUUACGGAGUGUCAGGUAAUUAAAAAGCAAGAAGAAAGGCGAGAAAAUCUUUCUUUAAUGAUGUGUAAGACACGCAAAAAAACACAAUUCCUUAAUUCGUUCUGACGCAGGUUGAGAGCUCGAAAUUUAUCCGAGUUUGUCAGACUUGAAGAAUAUUCCGUUUAUAAAAUGAAACUCUCAUGGAUUUUUAUUGGCCGACUUCAGCAUAAAAAAGUAAAACCAAGUUUCAACCUCUCCCAGAUCUUUCUAAUGGACUCGAGUAAUACAGCCAAUUUAUAUCACUGCUACUUUAAGAUUAAACUUAGAAGUGUUGUCCGGUUUAUUUGUCGGUAUUUUUUUGCGAGACUGAGACACUUGUAAUAUUAUGAUAAUAAAUGUUUUGUCUUGUCUUGUCUUGUCUUGACCGUUCACGACAUUUUUGUCAAGUGCUCCGGUAACGCUUGCACCAGUUUUGUAUCUAGUAACAUCACAAACGGUUACAACUCUAGGCUGCGCUUGGGCUUAAUAUUCAAUCAGUUCUCAGUACUGUUUCUUUUGAUGCCCGCCAUUCAAUUGAUAUUUUCACAUUUUCCCCUCCCCCCAAAUCAGGAGCUACUUCAGUUGUUUGGUGUCCCGUAUCUUGUAAGCCCGAUGGAGGCGGAAGCGCAGUGUGCCAUGUUAGAUGCCUUGGGUUUGACUGAAGGUUCCAUCACAGACGACAGUGAUAUAUUCCUGUUUGGAGGGACGCGGGUUUAUAAGAAUAUCUUCAAUCAGAAGGAAUAUGCUGAGCUGUACGAAAGCGAUACGGUGCAGAAAAAUCUUGGUUAGUGUCCAACGCCAGUACGCUCUUUGUAUUUGUUUAAAAUCAACUCCUUACAAACGAUUUAAAAUCUUAUGUGUUCUACCGUCUUUUUCUUGCAGCAAUGAACCGUUUAAAACUGAUCUGCCUUGCUUUCAUAACCGGAAGUGACUACACUGAAGGAAUACAAGGUAUGCUGCAACGUACACAAUAUUUUUAGGACGUAUUCUUGUCUUUGCCUAAGUAGACCCUCCAACGACUAGCACUCUUCCUUUUCUCUUACGGUCCGUCAAAACGUUUAUUGAUCCGCACGAGCGCUUCGCAAAAGCUAGUUACAUAAGAGAGAGGCCCCAGGAAAGACGGCACAGUUACUGUUAAAUAACACCAUUCGUCCUUGUUUUGUUUGCAGGUGUGGGGCCAGUUGGAGCAAUGGAGAUUUUGCAUGAGUUUUCUGGUGAAGGCCUUGAAACACUGAGAAAAUUCAAGUAGGUUACGACCUUCCGAGAGUCAUCCUUUCUUGUUCAAUCGAGCAAAAGCUUUGUCCAUUAUGACUACAUUUUUCUUUGACCUGUCGUGUUUUGUAGCGCUUACUUUUAAAUGAAUAUUUUCCUUCAUCUUGUUUGCAGAAUGUGGCAUGACGAAGCGCAAAAUCAAACAAAGGCUCCUCAAGAAACCAAAGUCAAAAGAAAAAUGGUGAGAGAAGAAGAAUACUCUUAAUCGCGAAAAAGAAGACAGUGAAAUGGUUAAAUGAGAGUCGACCGUAACCGCGUUAAAGCGCGGGAAAAGCACGUACCAUUCACGUGCCAACGAAUCGCGAUUGUUUUGGUUUACUUCUGAUUGGUUGAGGGAGUGGCCCGAGAUUUUUUCAGCUUAUCGCAAGGCGAGCCAAGACAACUCAGACCCGCUAUAAUAUGUCUGUUUUUGUUUUGCAGAGGUCAGUUGCACUACCAAGCGGCUUUCCUUCCGAAGAAGUCUUUGAUGCUUAUCUCCAUCCUGUAGUUGACGAAUCAACGGAGAGAUUUGAAUGGGGAAAACCUGAUCUGCACUCUCUUAGAUUAUAUCCUUUGAACAAUAUAAGUAAAAAGGAGUUAAUUAAAGUAUGUUUUAAUUAAUUUGUUUUAUUGUAAACCAAUUGUCUUAUAAUUUGUAGUUAAUUAGCUUUGAUGAGACCUUAACUUGCACACGUUUGCUCUGGACAAGCUUGGCUGGUCUUCUACUAGGACGGAUGAGCUUCUUUUACCUGUGUUAAAACAACUAAACAAGGAUCAGGUAAAUUUGACUUAUGGACUCUUUUUAUCGACAUCAGUAUUUUUUUUUGGAAGAUGGAAGAGCUGAGAUAACUUACCGUAGUUGAUGUUGUGCUUUUUGCAUACAACUUCUGUCAAAACCGGCGCAAUUUUUUAAAUAAACAAAGAUUACCGCGUAUAUCGUGGUCAAUUCUUUUAGAGAAAUCAUAUUUUGCUAUUUCCUCUUAAUAUAUAUCCUCAAAAGAGAAUUAAUUGUUAUACAAUAAUGAGAGUAUUUGCCCUUACAGACUUUGUCCCGAGGGUUUGCCCCAAGGGAAGGUUACCGCAAGACGUCUAUGACCGGGGUUUUCCCGAGGGUAAGGGUACCGAAAGAAGUAUUAAUCCCGGGGGUUCUCCCGGAGGAAUAGGAACAGCAAGGAUUGAACCUUGUAUUUUAAAAUAUUCGUGAUCAAUAAACACGUUGUACCGAAGACUUGGAAUAAUGUUAUAACAUGAUCACACAUAGAAACAAAGGAGGCUUGCCGACAGUCGGUACGAAGCUUUGUAACGAAUGUGCGAUUGCCUCCUACAUUUGUAACAACACACCUUAAGACCCUCAAAGCGCAAAAGGCAGCUAGUGUUCAUAGUCAAAAUUUCGUCUGUAGUACGGACCUACAAAACCGGAAUAACGUACAUACGAUUACAUACAAAGGAUUACAUAGGGAUGCAUCUCGCUUGUUCCCUACAUAUCCCUAGUGAAAAUAACCGGAAAUGUUUAUGGCAAAAGGCUGUUUUUUCUUUCUUUCUUCAGACUCAACUGACGAUCACGCAGUUUUUCCGCGUGAAUUUCCAAGAAACAAGACACAUAAAGAGCAAGCGAAUUCGUCGAGUGCUGAAUCGUACUUUCAAUCCUUCGUGUGAAAGCGAGAACGAAACUAACGGGAAACCAAAGAAAUCUGCGGAUAAAAAGCCAAAGAACAAAACGACGCAAUCAAAGGGGAGCGGUAAAAAGAGGUCGCACUCAGCGGAAACCAAUUCAAAGGAAGAAGAAUCAAAUGGAAGUAAAGGAACAAGAACAAAGCGUGCGAAGAAAGAGAAUACUGGGGCGUGCUCUUCUUCGGGAAACCGCUCUGAUAGAGGCUACAGAGGCCGAGGACGCGGCCGGGGGAGACUGCGCAAGAACGUUCAAAUUAGUCCCAAUAUGGAGUUGUCGAUUGAGUUAACUCCUAUAAAACUUUCCAACCAUGAAAAAAGUCUUAAAACUCGCAGAGGAUGUGAUGUUUCUCAGAUUUCGACCUCGGCUGUAAACAGGGGAGACGAAAUUCCCAGCAUGCGGGAGAAUGGCAUAAUCAAGGAAAAUGAAGAGUCUGGGAGUUCUACUUUUAAGAGCAGUAAAGGGAGCAAAAGCGUUGGUGGACAAGACGCUUCUACUUCUGAUAGCACAGAAAGUGAAGAAGAAAACGCUUACCAAGGUCCCCACCCUGUGUCUGUAUUUCACCAGGGCAGGGGUAGGGAAAAGGGACCUGCCCCCAGAAGGGGACAGACACGCAAGAAUUAUGCUGAAAAGGACAGUUCCCCUUCUGACAGCACUGAUAGCGAAGACGAUGAUCAAAAUUGUUUCGAAGGA